AUGAAGCGCCCGAGGAAGGAGCAGGAGCCGGCGGGCGAGGUGUCGCUGGCGCUGUCGCUGAGCACUACGGACUCGACCACGACGUCGGACUCCACGGGGACCCCGUCGUCGGCGACGAAGCGAAGAGCGCGGCGGAGGGGCGCCGUGGCGCUCGGCGGCCACCGGACCAGCCACCUGCGGGGCCGCCACGGCCUCAAGCUCGGCGUCGGCGCCAGGGCACUCAACCAGCACAAGCAGGCCGCCGCCGUCGGCAACGGCAGCGGAGGAGACAAGCCGCCGCAGCAGCAGCAGCACGAGUGCCACAUCUGCGGGCUCGGCUUCGAGAUGGGGCAGGCGCUGGGCGGCCACAUGAGGAGGCACCGCGAGGAGAUGGGCGCCGCCGAGGCCGCCGACGCCUGGGUCUGGCGCACCGAGGCCCCGCGCGCCGCCGCCAUCGAUCCGCCCGUCUUGCUCGAGCUCUUCGCUUAG